AUGACUCAAACAUUGGUAAGUACCGACUAAUAAACUACGGAAUAUAAAACACGUUUACAUUUAUAUGUUUUGACCGUCGGAUUUUAUUUUUCACAGGGAAUCGCUCACAUUGUCGGUUCGGCCGUGUACGGUUUGAACCCUGAGAAUUAUGAUGCUAUGUAUAGAAAAGUUAGAGCACUGCCAGUGACAAAAAGGAGUCACUUAAACGUCGUCGCCGGGGUAAUACACUCUAAAGUAAGAACGAUUAUAGAUGAUAAAUAUCGAACACGGAUAUUUUUAAACGUGUUCAAGAUCGUAAUGUCGCGUGUAUUACGUCCCGUUUAGGCUUUGGCACGUCCGAAAUAUAUCAAGUUGUAUGCGGCAAUGUGCGCUAGGUUGAUUAAGGACGGCUUUGACGGUGCGCGACCCGGUUCUGGGCCGGCAUUCCAAACUGCAUUGCUACCAAAAUGUUACGAUGAUCUUAAAAAAUGUUGCAAGAUAUCCGAGGUACCGACAGUGUUAUUAAGCAUUUAAGUAAAAGUAUAUCAGUGUAUUGGUAUUUCAAUUAUUUUCCAAGAAUUUAAUACGUAUUUUAAAAUACUGUUUAUUUAUAAAUAUUGGAAUAAAUUUUGAGUCUCAGUAUAAGUGUCUAAAAUAGUUUCCGCACAUAAUUUUCAAAAUUAUUUUUUACAACACCGGCCACUGGGUACCGACACAAAAUCUUAUAUUAAAUUCCGAUUCCCGUAUAAAAACUAUAUUAAAAAUACUCUAUAAUCUUCUNACGCCGGAUCAAUGAAUUCGUAACGAAUUGUCAGUAAGUUGUCAACAUUUAGAAAUAUAAUAUACACCGAGAAUGUUUUACAUUAUUUUCCAUAUUAUUUAUGUGUUUUGCCGUUUUAUAGGUUCAUAGGCGAACUUUUCAAAUUCGGAGUUUAUCCCAAAGAAAUAGUAUGGUCCUUUGUAAACGAUCUGGUGAAUGAACACAGUUGUGAAGUUCAAGUCCGAUGCUUGUGCGCCCUCUUGCCUUUGGUUGCACCGAAACUGUCGGAGGUAAAAUACGCAUUUGUAUAAAAAUUUAAAUAACAUAAUAAAUUGCGCACUCGAUAAUAACGUAUGUUAAAAUCAAUAAUCAAUAGACUUACUUCGUGACAAGGGAUAUGUUGUUGGAAAUGCUUAGCAAAAUAAACUCUAUAAGUACAAUAGAACCAGACGUGUUCGACGACGAAGAUGGCACUUCCGUUAUAACCGAGUACAGUGAAGAGGUAAAUGAAGGUUUGAUUCAGCCCGCGAUCGAAUCAUCGGCCGAUUCGGGCAGUCCGGAAUCCGGUAGCGGUUCGAUUAUCACUUCCGAUUGCCACGAUAUCACCGCCAAUAACGCACCGCUUACGUUCGGUGAGGCCGAUGGCGCAUUUCCUCAGCGUUAUUUCGCAACAUUGAACCAUAGUUCGGUUAGAUUCCCACUGACGGGAAAUUUAUUUUCACCGAUAACUCAAAAAUGUAUUGCUUUGAAACAAGGACCGUUGUCAGAAAUUUCACUGGAUAAGAUCAAUUCAAUUUCUGUGUGUCGGCCACGUGAAAGGUGUUCUGCAGGAGCAUUACUAAGCACCAAAUCCGCAGUCACGGGGUUUAUACUGGGAUUGAGUGUUGUAGGUUUUGUUAAAUUUGUUCCUGCAAUUUUACGUAAAUGGUUUAUUUAACUUCUUCAUGCACGUNCGGCCACGUGAAAGGUGUUCUGCAGGAGCAUUACUAAGCAACAAAUCUGCAGUCACGGGGCUUAUACUGGGAUUGAGUUUUGUAGGUUUUGUUAAAAUUGUUCCUGCACUUUUACGUAAAUGGUUUAUUUAACUUCUUCAUGCACGUACAGCAUAGGCGCAAAUUCAGUUUUUAACUUGGAAGGACUCAAUAUUUUUAAAUGAAACAGAUCCACAUCUGCCCCCCACACCUCCCAUUCAAAUACCAAAAUCAUAGUUAUCUCACCAGUUUUCCUGCAUAAAUUAUGGAUCCAUUCAUAAAACUAGGAAUAUUUAUAUUAAAACAAAUAACAAUAUUUAGGUAUUUAAAAACAUAACAUAUAUUUUUUUAGGUAUAUUAUAAUUGUAACCGUCGAUUGCAAAUUUAUCCAAAACUUGUUCGUUAGACAAGUCAUUUGACAAAUCUCGUUCUAUAUAAAUUAUUGAUAAAUUGGUAAAUCUAUCUUGAUUCUUUGAAGUUCGAAACCAAAUUCUUAAUCUUCCUCAUUGCUGAGAAUGACCUUUAUCAUGUCUCAGAGUUGAUUGGAAUUGUUAAUGAUAAUUAAUUAUCUUUUAUUUUUAUCCAUUAUAACUAAGGGUUUUUAAUUAUAGCAGAACGACACUUCGAAAUAAAUACAUUACAAAAACGAAAUAUAAGUAUUGAACAUUGUCAUUUCUUCCGUCGUCGGUUUUUGACUAUACACCGCUAGGAUAUUUUGUAGAAAUUCAAUUUUUAUUAUUAUCAGACAUCGCGCAUCGCACGUUUAUUUACCUUUGCUGUUUUAUAANUCAAAUCGUAAACUGUCGUAUAUACAAGCACCUUCUAUAAUAAUCCAGACUUUGUUUUUUUUGUAUACAUAUUUAUUUAUUUAAUAUCUUAUUGAACACUGUAGGUAUAAUUCAGUAGGUACGAUACAGUAGGUAUUAUAGUUAUUAGUUUAAUCUUAGAUAUUAACACCUAAUAAGUGGGAUUUAUUGUGAACAUCAGAACCAAUUCUAAAAAUACACCAUGUCAUAUUUUCAUACUGUCAUAUCAUGUAUUACUAUCUCCACUAGAUAAUUAAUGAAGCAUUUAAUACUUAAAUUUAAAUACAAAUUUUUGGAGGGGCUAAUUUUAAUAUUGGAGGGGCCAAGCCCCUUCAAGUCCCCCCCAAAUUGCGCCUAUGACCUACAGACAAAAUUGUCCGUAGGUGCAUGUACGUAUAGACACAACUGUUCACACGUUGUCACAUUAUUACUCCGUGGUCUGUUCGUUAAGUUUUCAACGUGAAUGAAAAAAUUUAUUUUACCAAUAAAUCGGCCUUUUUUAUUUUUCGACCACUACCAUCGGCCCAACCAGCCAAACAUAUAUAUAUUAUAUACGACCCAUAAAUACUGUUUGUAAACAUUUCCAUAAAUAAUCGUAAAAUAAAUUUUUUUUUAAUCACACCGUCGUAUUCAAUUUUUGAUAACUAUCGGCAACCGAACGAUGUACGUUACAACUCUAAACUAAAAAUAAUAUUACGCCGUAAUAUUUGGUCAAAAUAAUCGCACGAAUAUAAUUUUUUAAAACACGAAAUACCCUAUACUUCAUUUUUAUUGGUGUAAAAUUCGGAAUAAAACAAAAAAGGUAUGUAUAUUGCUGACUUACACGAAUUAUUAAAACUGGUAAGUACAAUUUAAAUUUAAAAAAAAUAAUGUUAUAACUACAAAACAAUUGACUAUUGAAACGGUCGAUACAUGAAUCACGAUAAAAGUAAAUAACCCAUUAGGUACAUCACCUUAUAUACUNCCACAAAAUCUUAAUUUUCAAUAUAACGUGUUGCUAAUUUAAUAAUAUCAUAAUAUACUUUAUACCAUAAUAGGUAGUUUUUUCGUGAGUUUAAAAAUAUUUACAGGAUUUAAUUUAAAUCACGAAACAGAUUGUAAGUUAGAACUAGGGCAGAGGACUUGUAGCAUUUGCAUAUUUGUUUUGCACAGUCACAAAAAUAGCAGAGUACAAAACAAAUACAUUUCAUGCUUUAAAAAAGCUAGUUAUGAAUUUUAAUUUUACAUAUAAACUAAUAUUUUUAGUCCUUUUUGUUUAUAGUGCAUAUUUUACACUUUUAUCCGUCAUUUCAUAUUUUUUGAGACAUAUUUAACGUCCUUUUUUGAAAAAAAACUAUAAGAUCCAGAUUAUUUUUUUCUAUAUUAGUGAACACAAUAUAAUCGCCAUUUAUUUCAAACAUUAAAAAACAUGUCAAUUUUAAAAUACAUUAUCUAUAGUUAUGAAAUGAAAUAUUUUCACUUUCUGCGUCAUUGAAUAGAUUGAAAACAGUUUUAUCUUGUUUCGUUACCUUGUUUGCAACCAUGACCAUCGACUACAACAAACAAACAGUAAAGAUGAAAAAAUAGAGUAAUUUAACAUAACAUAUAUCCGCAUAAUAUCAGAACUUCAAAAAGCUAUAAUUUCGAAACUUAGUCAGUCCGUCCAAUUCUGAUUACACAAUCGUUCUUAAAUCAGCAAUAUACCCGUGUCCAAAACAAAAAAAUUUAAAAAUACAUUUUUUCCACUUAAUUUUUUAAACAUUUGAUUUUUGUCAAAUUUUUAUAUUAAAAUUCCUUUAUAAAAAAAAUACUACAUUAAAUUAAAUUUUUUUUUUUGACCACAAAAUAAGACUUUUAAUGAACCUACUGUUAAAUUGUCACGCAUUUCUGUUAAGUCUAAAAAUUUGACCACAAAGUACCUACUGAAUAAAAAUUACGGAUAAAACUCACAAAAUUAAAAUAUCUAUAAAUAAAUCAAAAAUGGCUUAAAUUUUUUGAAAAAUUUACCAUGACUAGAAAAGAUACAUAUAAGUUGUCUGUGCAAAUUUCAAGUUUCUACAAAUAUUUUUAACUGAAUUGAAAUAAAUAACAAAUUUGAACAAAUAAUAAUAGCAUUAUUAUCGUCAAUUCCCUGUUUUUCUCACGAUUUUUCUUUUAUUAGGAAAACUGCUGCAAAAAAUCAAAAAAUUAAUUCAAGUAAUUCUAGUGUUAAGUAGGAGGGAGGAAAUUUGCUUGAUCAGAAAAACCAACGGAAAAAAAAUCGCUCGCAAACUAAUCAUUUCAAUUUAUAUUUUUAUAUACAAUAAGCGCAUUUUUAGAAAUAAUAAAAUAAUAUUAAGUCUCACCUACCUCAAAGACAUUCUCACAAUUCGGGGGGUUCUUGGGAGUGUGUAGAACCUACAAAUUUGUUCUCGCGAUACAAAGCUUAUCAAUUUUUAGGCCUUAUCAUCGCCGAGUGCAACGUGCACAUCUCAAAAUUUUAAAAUUGAGAUUAUUAUCCACAUUAACAAAACAAGUGAUUUUGAGCAUUUAUUCAUCGGGUGAAUCAUUUGUGCGAUAAGCGGUUACACAUUAACAUAAAUGUUUAGCCGAGAUGCUCCUACUAAUGGACGGUUAGCAUCAACAACUACAUCGUCGGAGAUUAGACGAAUAUUUUAGGAUGUUUGGGGAUUUUGGGCUAGACGACCACACUUAUAAAUGACGUUGAACGUGUGAUUUUGCGGGGACGUGUGACAAGGCCCGCACGUUAUUAUAUUUAAAUAUACAAAACAGAAAUAAGCUGGUACAGAGUUGACUAGAGUUAGAUUUGCGCCCAAUACAUAUAUACAAACGAAAAUAGUAACAAAAGGAAAAUAAUAACAGUGUAAUUGGAAACUUGAUCACACGGGUGUACGUAAACAAAUGGUUUGCUAACCUAUAAAUUGAUACAAAAAAACAUAUUAUACAAAACUAUAGCGGCCCUCACACGAUCAAUACUAUUGACAGUAUAGAUACCGACAGUAUUUGAGCAUAUUGACAGUAUAGUUCUCAGACAGUCAGUAUUUAAUUAGCGUCAAUACUCGGUAUUAGUUUGUGUUUGAUUGCGUUGGUCCCCGUUCGAUAAAUAUUUUUGUUUUAUUUAAUAAAAAAAUUAUAGUUGGAUAUAGAUGAACAGCAAAAAGCAUGUAUAGCAAUCAUAUUAGCCUUAUCCAUUCCAGAUAAUAAACGAGUUUCGAGAAAACGGAAACGAUAGGCAAAACAACGGAUUUCCAAACGAAGACAUUACACUCAUCUAAAUGUUAUAAAAGAAAUGCAACCUUUGGAUCCAAAGGACUUAAUUAAUUAUUUCCGAAUGAACAUUAAUAAUUAAAAUCAACUUNAUGCAAUCGAUGCAGUGCAAAAUGUUAAUUUGAAAUUGAGUCAAGUCCCUGGUCCAAUUGAAAAAAUUGUAAAAGAAAAAGUGAAUGAUGUUCAGAAAAAAAAUAUUGGAUAUCAAAGUUCUAAAUGGCGAAGAAACUUUAAUGGACGUUUAAGCAUAAACGAUUUGAUCUACUUUAACACACACCAGUUAACAGUUGUUGAAAGGUCAUUCUCAAUGUUCAAAGUUCUUUCACGAUUUCACCGCCAAUAAUGCACCGCUUAGGUGCCGUGAGGCCGAAGGUGUUUUCGCAUAUCCUCAGCGUUAUUACGCUAUAUUGAGCUAUAGUUCGGUCGGAUUCCCGCUGACGGGAAAUUUAUUUUCACCAAUAACUCAAAAAUGUAUUAUUUCAAAACAAGGACCGUUGCCAGAAAUUUCACUGGAUAAGAUCAAUUCAAUUUCUGAGGGUCGAUCACGUGAUAGGUGGUCUGCAAGAGUAUUACUAACCUCCAAAUCUGCAGUCACGGUAAUUUUAGUGGGAUUGGGUGUUGCAGGUUUUGUUAAAAUUGUUCCUGCACUUUUACCUAAAUGGUUUAUUUAA